UGGGCAAUGGUGUGCCUGAUGUCAUGUCAGGUGGAUGCGAUAAAUGUAAUGAAUUUUGGGGGAAGGGGAAUCUUGGUGGAAUUGAGGAGGUGAGAUCAGAUCAAGAAUGCACUUGAGCGAGAACGAAGGAAUAGAGGGGAAGGCCUUCGUGGUCACGGGUGGAUUGGGAUUUGUAGGAUCUGCACUGUGCUUGGAGCUCAUCCGAAGAGGUGCGAGAGAGGUGCGAGCCUUUGACCUACGCGCCUCUUCUCCUUGGUCGCACGUUCUCCAGGAUAAGGGAGUUCUCUGCAUUCAAGGGGAUGUUACCCGCAAAGAAGACGUUGCAAAGGCCCUCCGUGGUGCUGAUUGUGUAUUCCACCUUGCGGCCUUCGGAAUGUCAGGCAAAGAGAUGCUCCAAUUUGGUCGUGUUGAUGAAGUCAACAUAAAUGGGACUUGCCAUGUAAUCGACGCUUGCCUCGACCGUGGCAUCAAAAGGCUUGUCUACUGUAGCACAUACAAUGUUGUCUUUGGCGGUCAACAGAUCAUCAACGGAAAUGAGACUCUGCCGUAUUUCCCAAUUGAUCACCAUGUCGAUCCCUAUGGCCGCAGUAAAUCAAUUGCUGAACAGUUGGUUCUAAAGAAUAAUGCCCGCACUUUCAAGAAUGAUGCCGGGAAUCGUCUUUACACUUGUGCUGUUCGUCCAGCUGCAAUCUAUGGGCCGGGUGAAGACAGACACCUUCCAAGGAUCAUAACCAUGGCCAGAUUGGGUCUGCUUUUGUUCAGAAUUGGGGACCAAACUGUAAAAUCAGAUUGGCUUUUUGUGGAUAACCUUGUGCUUGCUCUUAUUAUGGCAAGUAUGGGACUUUUGGAUGACAAUCCUGCCACGGGAAAACGCCCUAAAGCUGCUGGCCAGGCGUACUUUAUAUCUGACGGUUCGCCAAUUAAUAGUUUUGAAUUCCUCCAACCUCUACUUAGGAGUUUGGAUUAUGAAAUACCAAAGACUUCCUUAGCUGUCGAUCACGCUCUUGUUCUUGGGAGGAUUUGCUGGGGUGUUUAUACAGUCCUUUAUCCAUGGCUCAAUCGGUGGUGGCUCCCACAGCCAUUCAUCCUUCCCUCUGAAGUACACAAGGUAGGGGUGACCCACUAUUUCUCUUAUCUUAAAGCCAAAGAGGAGAUCGGCUAUGUUCCCAUGGUGACCUCGCGAGAGGGAAUGGCUUUGACCAUAAAUUACUGGCAAGAGAGGAAAAGGAGAACUCUGGAUGGCCCGACAAUCUUCGUGUGGCUGUUUUGUGUCAUUGGAAUGUUCUCACUGUUUUGUGCUGCCUUCUUACCGGACAUAGGGAUUGUGUUCCCUCUCAGAGCUGUAAGUCUAUUUGUCUUUCGGUCAAUGUGGAUGACAAGGCUGGUGUUUUUCCUAGCUACAGCUGUUCAUAUCAUUGAGGCCAUUUAUGCUUGGUACCUGGCUAAAAGGGUGGAUCCUGCCAAUGCAAGGGGAUGGUUUUGGCAAACUUUUGCUCUUGGGAUAUUUUCGUUGCGUUUUCUAUUGAAAAGAGCAAGGCUAUAGCAUCCCAAAUGCUUUUGCAGAUUACUUG